AUGAUUGUCAAGGACACAAAUCGCAGCAGAGCGAUCAUUCCGCUCAUGGUCAAUAAUAAACCAGUGACAACAGAAACGACUUUCCAAAUACACAACCCAGCAAAUGGGGAAGUGAUCGAGCACUGUUCAAGUGCGUCAAUCGACAAUGCGAACCACGCUGUGGAGGCUGCCAAGGCUGCCUUUCCCGCAUGGAGCAAGAAGAAGCCGUAUGAUCGCAGAGACAUAUUGUUUAAGGCCGCCAACAUAAUGCUGUUGCGAAAAGAGGAGUUGAUCCGGUAUCAGAUGGAAGAAACAGGCGCUGGAAGGUUAUUUGUGGAGAAGACUCUCUCGAUGGGCAUCAGUUUCAUCAAGGAUUUUGCAGCAAGGAUCCCAUCGAUCGAGGGCACUGUACCCGCCGUGUCUGAGGAUGGCGAAUGCGCAAUGGUGUUCAAGGAGCCAUAUGGUGUAAUUUUGGGGAUUGCACCCUGGAACGCCCCGUACAUUCUUGGUACACGCUCCAUCGCGCUACCUCUCGCCGCUGGUAAUACUGUUGUUUUAAAGGGCUCCGAACUAUCACCAAAAUGCUUCUGGGUACUUGCCGAUAUUUUUCGGGAGGCUGGCCUUCCUGCGGGAUGUCUGAACGUAAUUUACCAUCGGCCCUCGGAUGCAGCGGCUGUCACCACGGCGCUCAUUGCGAACCCCGCUGUCCGCAAGAUCAGCUUCACUGGUAGCACUACCAUUGGCUCGAUCGUCGCGUCCACUGCAGGCAAGUAUGUCAAGCCAGUACUUCUCGAACUGGGGGGCAAGGCAUCAGCUAUCGUUUUGGACGAUGCCAAUCUGGACAAAGCCGCAAUGUGCUGUGCACUGGGUGCCUUUAUGCACUCUGGUCAAAUCUGCAUGUCCACUGAGCGCAUCGUAGUACAGCGAUCUAUUGCCGAAAAGUUCUGCCAGUUGCUGACAGACGCGACAGAAAAGGUCUUUGGCACGCAUGUAGCAGCGCCAGUGCUUGUGGCAUCUGCCGCUGUCAAGAAGAACAAGGACCUCGUGACCGACGCACUUUCCAAGGGGGCGGAUGUCGUUUUUGGUGAUGCUAACGCCAGUGAUGAGGGCAGCAAUAGUAUGCGACCCUUGAUUAUCGGCAACGUUACAAAGGACAUGGAUCUAUAUUCCACGGAAUCCUUUGGUCCAACCGUGUCCCUUAUUGUGGUCGACGAUGAAGAGGAAGCGAUUGCGCUUGCCAACGACACCGAAUAUGGGCUCUCGUCCGCAGUCUUUACAGACAGCUUGUUCCGGGGACUAAAGGUAGCCAAGCAGAUCGAGUCCGGUGCCGUCCACAUCAACUCGCUGACUGUACAUGACGAGCCUGUGCUACCACAUGGGGGAUGGAAGAGCAGUGGAUUCGGUCGCUUCGGCGGAACUUCCGGGUACGACGAGUGGUUGCAAACCAAAACAGUCACUUGGGUGCAGUAA